UAAAAUGCAUGUAUGACAUUAUGCAAAUGAUGAUUGGUGCAAUUCACCAAAUGGUAGUUUGGGUAUUAUGUAUAAUUUUUUGUAAUUUUUGUCCUAAUCAGGUCAUAAACGAUGGAACAACAUAAUUGUGAUGAUCGACCUAAAUGCUGCUACCGUUUUAUUUAAUGACCCUAAUUUGACCAUAAGUACUGGUAAUUAUUUUUUUCCCUUUGUUACAUACAGAUAUUUUUCAACAACUUGUGUGAUUCUUGUUUAAGAUCAGGAUUAUAUUAUUGUUUAAUCAUUCUGUUACUCAUAGUCUUUUGAGACGGAUGUCUAUUGUGUUGUGGCUUUGGUGAUAUCAGGAGAAUCUCAUACCCAGAAACUUCACGGAUAUUAAACUAAGUUAUAAUAAUGGAAAAGAAGACAAUGGAACGGUCAUGUGCAGCAGCAGCUGCUGUUAGUAAUAAAAAAUUGACAUAUGCCAAUGUGGUUGCUGGAAAAAAGCCUCUUCCUAUUCUUGACGGACCUGAUUCCGAGGAGGAGUUCACUUCUAAACCACAUGAAUGGGUAAAAGUGGAAAGGAAGAGGCCUAAAGAGGCAAAGAAAGGCCAUUUGAAGCUCUAUCUAAAAAAGAGGUCAUUUAAAACUCAACUGUCAACUCCAAGAAUGACAACAAAAAAAACGAAAGUUACAAAAACGCCACCAGAAGAACCAACACCCUCACCACCAUCACCAUCAAGAACAACAACAACCCCUGGAAAUGAUGAAGAAAGAAAAGUUGGAAGAAUAUCCCCGCCACUCCCACCACCUGUAACGCAGUCAACAACAACAACAAUGGGCGAAAGAACGUACAGUGAUUUUAUAGACAUUUUAAACGAUUGGGUUUUGAAGAGAGCAGGUGUUGGGAAGAUGUACCUCCCAAAAUAUUAUGAAGGGAAGGAACGUAAGGAAUUUCUUGAGGUAAUGAUGCCUUAUUUAAAUCCUACACUCUUUUUUUUACCAUCGUCAUCUGAUGCUGGUUGUCAGGAAAAUGUUGUGCAGGAAACGCCUCCUUCACCACCUCAUCAAUCUGUCAUAGUGGUGACUGAUCAGCCGCAUACGGUACGGGAUAGUCCUCAUUUAAGGGAUCUGCUGCAACGAUCCAGCAAUAUCGAUUUGGAUCAUGAGGAAGAAAAAAUACCUCCUUCGCAAAUUUAUCGUCCCGAUGGUAAAGACCUGAAUGAGGUGUUUUUUGUUCCUGAAUUUCAUCAGUGUGUUGCUGGAGAUCAGGAGGCGUUGGAACAAGAACAUCUGACAACUGAAAUGCCUCAACCAUCUGAUGAGGAUGUUGUUCUUGUUCCAGACUCUCCUGAUCUAGUGAAACAGAUGCCUGUCCGGGAAGAUAGCAAAGAAAAAAUACCUCCCCUAAACAGAGAAUUGGAGGGGGUGCCGUGCACACCAGAGGAUCUUGCUUUGCUAGACUUCUCGGACUUGCUAUAUUAUGAAGAAAAUAGGAAGUGCCAUUCAAAAAGAGACAAAUUACCAAACGGAUUGCCUAUGACAGAAAAUUCGUCAGAUGGGGACGUCCUGAAAUAUCUUUCAGGAUCGUUUCCAGAUAAUGAAUCAAAUGUAACAGGCAACCAAUCAGAAUCACCACUCUGUACACCAAUUGUAAACGUGGAUUCUGAUUCUCCUCUUCGAGGUCAAAUAGUUCAUAAUCUCUUUGAUGAGAUUACGAAUGGGAAAGUGCAACUUGAGGGGUUGCAAUCAUCACAACUUGGGCAGGAUGUCCAACUCCAGCAGUUUCUGGAGUCGAACAUCCUCACCAAGGCUGAGGAGCGUUCAUCACUUACAACUAACAAGUUGCAAGAGGUGAAUGAACCUCAUACCUCUCAAGUUGCAUCGACAUCCUCCGCUUAUAUCAGGUCUGAUCCUACUAAGCGGAAGCUUGACCUCGAUGGGGGGAAUUCAAAGAAGCGACAGAGGAGGCAGGACAGGGACCCUGUCUUGAGAUCACUUUUGAAAAGUCCCAAUGAAAGGAGACCUCCUCAUGCAAUUGGUGUUCUACCGGGUGGUAAUGUUGGAAAUGGUGUACCCCAUAAAGACAAUCCCAACAUCCGGGCAAUUUUAAGUGGCACACAUUCUGUGGUACACCCUUUCCAUGAUACCAAGAUGGCGACGUCUUUUUUAGGGCUUCGUCAAAAGACGACAAAAAAAACGUAGCCAAUACUCAGAUUGGUGGUCACCAGGUCAUCAACCAAAAUGGCCCUUCUUCUUUUUCUUCUUCUUCUCCUUCCGAUGAUGAUG